AUGGCUCCAGUGCGGCGGUUCUUGAACGAGCCUUCCGAGCUCGUUCGUGAGUGGACUCGAAGUCAAAUACACUUGCAACCUGGCCUCAAUAUUGAUGAAAAGUUUUUGGUGCUGUAUAGAGAUAAUGCAGCUCACAGUGGUAGAGUCACUGUGGUUAGUGGAGGGGGCAGUGGACACGAGCCUGCCCAUGCAGGGUAUCUUGGCGAAGGCAUGCUGGAUGCAGCAGUGAUCGGAGCCCUAUUUGCUUCGCCCAAUGUUCGUCAGAUCCAGCGUGCGCUGGAAUUGGUCUCGUCGCCACAAGGCACCGUUGUGGUGGUUAAGAACUACACCGGCGAUAAAUUGAAUUUCGCAUUGGCCACCGAGCGUUUCAAGGCAACUACCGGCAAGGAUGUCCGAAUGGUUCUUGUCAACGACGAUGUGGCAGUUGGACGGUCUCGUGGGAAAUUCGUCGGUCGCCGUGGGCUAGCAGGAACCGUGCUUGUUCAGAAAGUCGUGGGGGCUGCCGCCCAUCAUGGCUUAGACAUAGACAACAUAGUCAGCUUGUGUAACGUGGUUUCACAGGGCCUAGGGACUAUCGGGGCGUCCCUGGAGCCCUGUCAUGUACCUGGGCAAAUGGUUGUCGAUGGAGCCAAGUUCAGUGGCAUAGCCCUUGGUAUGGGCAUCCACAACGAGCCUGCCGUCAAGAAUCUGGUUGCAACAACUACGACGCAGGACCUAAUUGCAGAGAUGCUGGACCUCCUGUUGGAUCCAGCAAAGCCUGAGCAUGCGUUCUUGUCCCCCGAGGUAGGUAAGAGGGAUGGCCGUUUAAUUCUAAUGUUAAACAAUUUGGGCGGGCUCUCGACUAUUGAACUCGGCGCCCUUACCUCCAUUGUUCUUUCUCAAUUGGAGGAGAAGUACAAUAUUGCGCCAUGUCGAGUGUACGCGGGCACCUUCUUGUCCGCCUUGGACGGUCGAGGCUUCAGCAUCACGGUGCUCAGUCUUGAUCACUCAGAGACUGCGUCGACGAUUCUCGAUCUUCUCGACAAACCAACCACUGCCAAUGGUUGGGCCUCUUCAAUACCGUCAUCCCAAUGGAAAGCGCUCUCGAGCGCCGGCCCUUCACAAAAUUUCCUUGCCAGCCAAACAUUAACUUCCUCAGUGCAAGCCAUUCCUUGCAAUGAUCGUCUCUUCGCUCAAAUUAUACAGUCUAUCUUUAAAGAAGUAACCGCCAGAGAGCCCAUGAUCACACGUUACGACACUGUUUUGGGCGACGGGGAUUGUGGUACCACUCUACUCGCCGGUGCAAAGGCACUUGCCGAUGCUCUUCGAACCGGGAAGUUGUCGCUGUCUAGCCUGUCGCAAGGGAUGGCUACUGUGGCAGAGAUCGUUACCGACGCAAUGGGCGGCACUUCAGGGGCUAUCUAUGGAAUUUUUCUCUCCGCACUGGCCGCCGCAUUGGCUCAAGCUUACGACCAAGACGUCGGAAUGAAUGGUCGAUACUUUGCCCUAGCGCUCAAUCAGGCCCUCGAUGUCUUGGGAAAGUUCACCGGCGCUCGAGUUGGUGACCGAACACUGAUGGAUGCUUUGAUCCCUUUCAUUACGGUUUUCGAUAAGGCAUCACAAGAGGAGAAUUUGAUCAAGUCGCUUGAGCUGGCUGUCCAUCAAUCUGCUAUCGGCUGUGAAAACACCCGAUAUCUCGAUUCGAAAUAUGGUCGAUCGACUUAUGUCGGCAAUCAGUCGGCAGGCGAGACGAACGAGAGUGACCCGAUCCAAAUACCAGACCCUGGUGCUUGCGGUAUAGUCGCUGUUCUGACCGGUUUACUUAGAGCCGUGCAGUAUUCUUGA